AUGGUUCAAUUCCACGAGCACAUCAUCACAGAGCUUCUAGAAGAUUCUAAUGGCGGUCUCGUCGUUCUCUCCUCCGGUCUCUCUCUCUCUAAACUCGUCUCUUCUCUCCUUCUUCUACACUCCUCGUCCGAGGGAACGCUCCUUCUUCUCUAUCCUUCCUCCACUUCACUCAAAUCCAACAUCACCUUCCACCUCAAAACCCUAAACCCCCAAUUCAACCAGAUCCCCGCCGAAAUCACCGCCGACCUCCCCGCUCAUCAUCGCCACUCGCUCUACUCCUCCGGUAAUGCCUUCUUCAUCACGCCGCGCAUCCUAAUCGUCGACCUCUUGACUAACAAGUUACCGACCUCCAAAAUAGCUGGCAUCCUCGUCCUCAAUGCGCACUCUCUCUCCGAGACGUCCACUGAAGCGUUCAUCGUUCGGAUUUUCCGGUCGCUCAACCGCGGAGCGUAUGUGCGCGCUUUCUCCGACAAGCCGCACGCGAUGGUGUCGGGGUUCGCGAAGGCGGAGCGGACGAUGAAGUGCCUGCACGUGCGUAAGCUGCACCUGUGGCCACGGUUUCAGGUCUACGUGUCGCAGGAGCUGGAGAGGGACCCGCCGGAGGUGGUGGAUAUAAGGGUGCCGAUGACAAAGUACAUGGUGGGGAUUCAGAAGGCCAUUAUUGAGGUCAUGGAUGCGUGUUUGAAAGAGAUGAGGAAGACGAACAAGGUCGACGUGGAGGAUUUGACGGUGGAGAAUGGGUUGUUUAAGUCAUUUGAUGAGAUUGUGAGGCGACAGUUGGAUCCAAUUUGGCACACUUUGGGGAAGAAGACCAAGCAGCUCGUCUCAGACCUUAAGACAUUGAGGAAACUUUUGGAUUAUUUAGUCAGGUAUGAUGCGGUAACUUACUUGAAAUAUUUGGAUACACUGAGAGUGUCAGAGAGUUUUCGGUCUGUUUGGAUAUUUGCGGAGGCGAGCUAUAAGAUAUUUGAUUACGCAAAGAAGCGUGUUUUUCAUCUUGUGAGGUCGGAUGGCAUGAAAUUUAAUGAGUUGAGUAAGGGUGUAAAAAACAAAAAGAGAAAAAGCAAGGGUGAUGACAAAGACAUAGAAGAAGUUGAUGGUACUUCAUCAUCUAGUUCGAAUGCCUUAGUUUUGGAAGAAGUUUUGGAAGAAGCACCAAAGUGGAAGGUCUUACGUGAGGUUCUUGAGGAAAUAGAAGAGGAAAGACAAAAGCAAGGUAUGUUAAGGGAAGAAUUAUUUGCUGAAGGUGAAGACACCGACAAUGGCAUUGUAUUAGUGGCAUGUAAAGAUGAAAUGUCAUGCUUGCAAAUUGAAGAAUGCAUCACCAACAGUCCAAAAAAGGCCAUGCAUGAAGAAUGGAAGAAGUACUUACUAAACAAAGUACAGCUGCGUGACAUAGUGAAUAAGAAAAAGAAGCCUAAGGAUCCUAAACCCAAAGGUUUUGGGAUUCUUGAUGGAGUUACUCCCAUAACACCUGCUCAGAAUGCAGAAACCACCAGCAUUGGUAAGCAGGAACAUGAUGCGCUUUUGGCAGCUGCAUCAAAACUUAGAAAUGUUUCUGAAAAUGACCAUGUUGUUGAGGACACUCCGCAGCCUGAUUUUGGUGGACAGGGUCGUGGUAAAAGAAAGAGAAAAGUGGGGAUUAGAAAUGUCCCCAUUGUUCUUGAUGGCUCUGGAGUUCAGAACAAUGAUAAAGAGGAAGCAGUGAGUAAUAAAAUUGGGAUGUCUGAUUCAAAAAACAAAAUCAAUGAAGAUGAGACUAAUCCUGUCAGUACCGCUAGAUUUUCUGGUACCACAGACGAAGGGAUUUCUGUGGAAAACAUAGUUCUUCGGAAGCAUACAAAUACUGAUGUUGCAGCAAGAAAUGGGAAGCCACUACCACCAGUGCAUUUUUAUGCCCUAGAAAGUGAUCAACCUAUACUGGAUAUAUUAAAGCCCUCCGUAUUAAUUGUUUACCAUCCUGACAUGGCCUUUGUUAGGGAAAUCGAAGUCUACAAAGCUGAGAAUCCCUCAAAACGGUUAAAAGUAUAUUUUCUUUUCUACGAAGAUUCAACGGAGGUGCAGAAGUUUGAGGCAAGUAUACGCAGAGAGAAUGGAGCAUUUGAAUCUUUGAUUAGGCAAAAAUCUAUGAUGAUGAUUCCAGUUGACCAGAGUGGGCAUUGUUUAGGAUUGAAUUCUACAUUAGAAUCAGAUUUAAAUACUCCUCAAAACUCAGUAACCAGAAAAGCAGGUGGGAGAAAGGAGGCUGAUAAAGAAAUGCAGGUUAUUGUGGACAUGCGGGAGUUCAUGAGCAGCCUUCCAAAUGUUCUUCAUCAGAAGGGAAUGCGCAUAGUUCCAGUGACCCUAGAAGUUGGGGACUAUAUCCUAUCACCGUUAAUCUGUGUGGAAAGAAAAAGUAUUCAGGAUCUCUUUAUGAGCUUCACAUCAGGUCGUCUAUUCCACCAGGUCGAGACAAUGGUACGAUAUUACAGAAUACCUGUUCUCUUGAUUGAGUUUUCACAGGAUAAGAGCUUCUCAUUCCAGUCUGCUAGUGAUAUUGGUGAUGAUGUGACACCCAAUAGCAUUAUAUCAAAGUUGUCUUUGCUUGCUCUACACUUCCCCAGGCUACGGAUAAUCUGGUCUCGAAGUCUGCAUGCUACUGCUGAAAUAUUUGCUUCACUCAAGGCAAAUCAAGACGAGCCAGAUGAAAUAAAAGCAAUCAGAGUGGGUGUUCCCUCAGAAGAAGGCAUUGUGGAAAAUGAUGUGAGGGCUGAAAAUUACAAUACAUCGGCUGUGGAGUUUUUAAGACGACUUCCAGGUGUUACGGACUCAAACUACAGGGCCAUAAUGGAUGGGUGUAAGAGCAUGGCAGAACUUGCACUUCUUCCUGUUGAGAAGCUAGCGGAAUUAAUGGGUGGUCAUAAAGCUGCUCGGACUCUUAGAGACUUUCUAGAUGCUAAAUACCCAACGUUGUUGUAA